UAGAAGGCCCAUGAGGCUUCGAGCUGUCUCUCCUCUUCGAUUACAUCGGUUUCUUCUCUUCGUUACGUCGGAAUCGAUGGCUGCUCCACCUGCUAGGGCCAGAGCCGAUUAUGAUUAUCUUAUUAAGCUUCUUUUGAUUGGAGAUAGUGGUGUGGGUAAAAGUUGCCUACUUCUACGUUUCUCUGAUGGCUCCUUCACCACUAGCUUCAUUACCACCAUUGGCAUUGACUUUAAGAUCAGAACCAUUGAGCUUGAUGGCAAACGUAUCAAACUCCAGAUUUGGGACACUGCUGGUCAAGAACGCUUCCGCACUAUCACCACUGCUUAUUACCGUGGGGCAAUGGGCAUUUUGCUAGUGUAUGAUGUCACAGACGAGUCUUCCUUCAACAACAUUAGAAACUGGAUUCGUAAUAUCGAACAACAUGCUUCUGAUAAUGUUAACAAGAUCUUGGUUGGCAACAAGGCUGACAUGGAUGAAAGCAAGAGGGCUGUACCUGUAGCAAAGGGUCAGGCUCUUGCUGAUGAGUACGGAAUUAAGUUCUUCGAAACAAGUGCUAAGACAAACUUAAACGUGGAAGAAGUUUUCUUCUCGAUAGGGAGGGACAUAAAGCAGAGGCUUUCUGACACUGACUCCAAGGCAGAGCCUGCGACGAUCAAGAUAAGCCAAACAGACCAGGCCGCUGGAGCCGGGCAGGCCACACAGAAGUCUGCAUGCUGUGGAAGUUAAAUAAAGUUGUAAAAUCGAAGUUUUAAGUCGAGAAAAAAAAACGAAUAUGUCCCUGCUGGGUGCUCGUGCCUGUUUUAUUCCAACAUUUCUGAUUCGUUCUAAAAUGCCUUUUCCUAUUUGUACGAAGGUUUUAAUCGAAACUUGUAUUCUUCUUUUUAUGUUGCUUAUUUUCUCGAUGAUGACUGAAUAGUUA